GCCGCGUGCAGCCAAGCCAAGCCAGCAUAUAUAUUAUGAACGCGAAACUAUAAGCUUAUACUAGACUAGAGAGAAGAGGCCUAGCAUCAUCGUCGGAGGAGAGACGCUGGUCGUCGUCUUGCUCUCAGGAGAGCCAUGUGGCGCUCGACGUAUAAAUAAUAAUAAUAAUAAGUGUGCGUGGGUGUAUCUGUGUAUGUGUAUUUGCGAUGUACGUGCGUGCAUCACUAGUGCCAUAAUAAUAGUAUUAUUAUUAUACCUCAUAGGUGUAGUGCAGUGUUGUUCUCGAGAUAACCAAGCGAAGCAGCGAUCGCCGAAUUGUUAAAGUGUGCCGCUGCUGCUCGGUUGCGGAAAAAGUUCAGUCAUGUCGGGGCUGCAUCGUCGCUCGUACGACGAGUCCGCGUUCGAGUGAUUUUUUUUUAUAAUACAUAUAAUAAUCGAGAGGGUGAGAAGAGAUCUCUGUCUCUCUUGUGUGCGGUCUUUAUAUAUAUUCAUCUCACUCGUCGUCGUCGUCGUCGUCGUCGUCGUCGUCGCGAGCUGAGCGAGAUAGACUUGUGAUAUAAAUCGCCGCCGCCAAUAGCACGAUGUUGCCGUUGCGGCUGCUGCUGCUGUGCCUCGUCGUCGUCGUCCCGCUCGUCAAUUGCCAAAUUGAGGAGCAGCAGCAGCUGCAAGAACAUCAUCAACAACAGCAACAACAACAACGCAUCAGGAGCAGCGGCUUUCGCGUUGGCGUCGGCAACGGCGGCGAUGCCAGGAGCCAGCAGCAAUGGUCGCAGCGCAAGCUCAGGCGCGCUUACAUGCAGGCCAAGUACAGCGCGUUGCAGCAGCAGCAGCAGCAGUUACUGCCGGGCAAGGACUAUCGAAGAUUGAAGAAGCAGGAGGGCGCCGUGAGGCUGGUCGGCGGCGAGCGAGGUCCUUUCGAAGGCAACGUGGAAAUCCUGCACAAAGGCAGCUGGGGCAACGUGUGCGACGACGAGUGGGACGAGCUCGAGGCCCGUGUGGUCUGCCGACAAUUGGGCUACGGCUCGGCCCGAGCCCGCGCCACGACACGAGGCAAUUUCGGCCAGGCUCGAAGACGCUACUGGAUGGACGACGUGAUCUGCGACGGGGUCGAGCCCGAGCUGGCCAAGUGUCGCUUCAACGGCUGGGCCAAGUCCGACUGUCGCGGCGACGAGGCCGCGGGCGUCGUCUGUCAUCAUCCCGGUUACGUCGACGAUAAUAAUAAUAAUCGUAGAUCGGACGGCGAGGAUGACGACGACGAACCGACCAACUCCAUAGACGGCGACGACGGCCCCAGCAGCGCGAAGAUCAGGGACACGCAUCGGCGCGGCCUCGCGCUACGACUGUCCGGCUCUUACGCCCGUCAUCAGGGACGCGUCGAGAUCAAGCUCGCCGGCUCGGAUUGGGGCGUCGUGUGCGGCGACGGCUGGUCGAUGCUCGAGGCCGCCGUGGUCUGUCGCCAGCUGGGCCUCGGCUACGCCGCGCGCGCCUACCAGACCAACGUGUUCGGCAGCCACAGGCUCGGCAUGUCGCUGUCCGGCAUCAAGUGCCGGGGCGACGAGCGCCACUUGGCCGAGUGCCGGGCCCAUCGGCGCCGCGUCGACUGCCCAGGCGUGGGCGAGAACCUAGCCGGUGUCGCUUGCUCGCGCGACAUGGCCGACCUGGCCUUCGACGCGCGCGAGCUCGAGCAGUCGGCCCACCUCGAGGAGAUCUAUCUGCACUGGCUGCAGUGCGCCAUGGAGGAGAACUGCCUGGCGACGGAGGCCUACCGGGUGCAGCGCGAGUCGGCCGAUUGGAGGUGGCACAGGCGAAGACUGCUGAAGUUCACGGCGAGGACAGUGAACAUAGGGACGGCGGACUUUCGGCCGGCGAUACCGAAGCAUCUCUGGGAAUGGCACAUGUGUCACAGGCAUUACCAUUCGAUGGAGGUAUUCGCGACUUUCGACAUCAUCGAUUCGCAGGGCAGACGAGUCGCCGAGGGUCACAAGGCUUCAUUCUGCCUCGAGGACAAUCAGUGCUUAGCCGGCGUCGAGCCCAGAUACAAAUGCGUGAAUUACGGCGACCAGGGCAUAUCGGUCAACUGCAGCGAUAUCUACAAGUACAACCUCGACUGCCAGUGGGUCGACAUAACCGAGCUUUCGCCCGGCUCCUACACCUUCAAGGUGGCAGUGAAUCCAGAACUGAAGAUCGGCGAGAUGACGUUCGAGAACAACGCGGCGACUUGCAAGCUCCUCUACACCGAAAACUACGCCCGAGUCCACAGUUGCGUCAUGGGCAGACCUUAAUGGACCUCCUCUCUCCUAUAUAUAUACACAAUAUUGCAGCAGUGGCAGCAGCAGAGACAAACGAAGAAGACACCGCUCCGAGCAGAACCAAGAGCGAGAGAGGCUUGUGGAAAGCGGAGAGAGAGACACCCUUCGCCGUGUGUCGUACUAUGUGUAGUAGUACUACAUGGAACUGGACUCACGUACACACAUACAUACAUGUAUGCGUCGGUGUAUAAUACGGGCUUUAUACUGACCUCGUUCGACGACGUCGACGGCAACGACGACGACGACGACGACACGCUAUAUAUGUGUAUACAACGCAGAGAGCCGCAGAGCUUGUACAGUGUAGUGAUUCUCGAUUGCGGAAAGUAAAAAAAGAAGAAGAAGAAGAAGAAGAAGAAGAGAAAAUAAACGUCGAGAAGCGGCAGCGCUGAUUGUGUGUGUGUAGUGUCCGCGUGUGUGUGUGUAUUUGUGCGUACUCACGCGCGCGCGCGCGGUUCGUUUGAUUUUCCUCUUUUUUUUUUUCAUUUUUUUUUUUUUCAACUAUCGUGUACACAUAUCGUGUGCACGAGUAUGUGGGCGCAGCGCAGCGAGAUAUAUAUAUACAGUGACAUUAUGCAAUCACGCGGCGCCUUGUGUACACAGCACAGGUACUUCGGUUCGAAAACGCGCGCUCACACACGCGCAUGCUUUCAGCCGAUUUAGAUAAUUAAACGAUAUAUAGGAUGGAUUUGUUACUAUGUAUUUAGGAAAAUUGAUAUUAUAUGUGUUAUGGGAGCUUUUUUUUGAUAAACUAAUUUAUAUUUGUAUUGGAUAACGGAUGCAAUGUAUAGCGUAUAGUUUAUAAUAUAAUAUUGUCAUACGUAGCUUUCUUAUAAACAUUAACCUACGAACACGUAAUGUACGAUAAAUCAAACGAGGAGAGAAAAAUAAAUAUAUAAACAAAACGAAACAACAAAAAAAAAAGGAAUUACAUA